AUGGCUCCCCGAAAGAUCAUUAUCGACACCGAUCCUGGCGUGGACGAUGUCAUGGCUAUGCUGUUGGCUCUCAGCGCCAAGAAGGAGGAACUUGAAGUUGUUAUGAUUUCCGUCACUUAUGGCAACGUUCCUCUUGACUGCUGCGGCCGCAAUGUCGUUGGCAUGAUGCAGGUCAUUGAAAAGGAAAUGGCCUGGCGCAAAGCCAACGGCCGUCCCGAAGGUUUCGAGGCCCUCAAGGCAUGUAAGCCGUUGGUUGCUCUCGGCGCAGAGCAUCCUCUUGAAGAGAAGGAUCUCAAGUUUGACCACUUCCAUGGUCUGGAUGGUCUUCACGAUGUCCACGCCACAUUUCCUGACUUCAGCCCUCCCGAGAAGUGGCUACACAUCUUCCGAGAGCAGGGCUCUUCCGUGACGGACCUAGAAAAGAUCUCACCCCUCUUCACGCCCUCGCGCGAGCUCGCGCACAAGGAGAUGCUGCGCCUUCUUCGGGAGAACCCCGUCGAUAGCAUCUCCAUACUCACUGUCGGCCCCAUGACCAAUGUGGCACUCGCCGCGUCCGAGGACCCCGAGACCUUUCUCCGCGCUAAGGAGGUCGUCGUUAUGGGCGGCGCCGUCAAGGUGCAGGGCAACAUUACCCCCGUCGCUGAAUUUAACACGUACGCCGAUGCCGUGGCCACGGCACGCGUCUUUGCCCUCAGCUCGCUCACGCCGUCAGCGACGAUGCCCCCGCCCACCAUCAACCGCGCGCUGCCGCCGUACCCAGAGAGGCUGUCGCGGCCGCUGCGCGUCGUGCUCUGUCCGCUCGACGUGACGGAGUCGCACGAGCUGACGAGUAAGUACUUUGCCGAGACCGUGGCGCCGGUCGUGCGCUCCGGUAGCCCGCUGGCCGCAUGGGUGCACCACUUUGUCGACGGCGCGUUUGCCAAGAUUGUGAGCAUCCUCGGUCCGGACACCCAGGCCGGCCUCUCGCUCCACGACCCCAUGACCGUUUGGUACAAGCUUGCCGGCGACGACCCCGCCUGGCAGCUGACGGCGGCCGAGGAUAUUCGAAUCGAGACUGGGGGCCAGUGGUCGCGCGGUAUGCACAUUGUCGACCACCGCGGCAAGCUGCGGCCCGCCGAGGCUGCGUUUCUCGCGUCGGUCGAUCCACGCAACGACCCCGAGGUGAUCAAGCUGGAUGCCGUCGAGGGAGAUGAAUUAGGCUGGCUGAGCGUUCUCAAGGGCAACCGCAUCUACCGCCUUGUGAAGACGCCUGGCGAAGAAAUUUUCAAGGAGGUUCUACUCCAGCGGCUCUUUGACCUGCCAAUCAGCGGUAGCGCUGCUCAGGGCAAGCGUGGCCAAACAGCAGGCCCCCGACGAGUACAGCGCGGUGUCGCUGUUUGA